CUACUUCAAUCUUUUUUGUUAAUGCAAUUUGCUAUAUACUUAUAUGUCUAUUCAGUAUACCGACAAAAUAUUUAGAUUCUCACGAUUCUUAAGUUUUUAUCCAUUUUAAUCCGUUGAAUAACGUUCUAAAACUUCACUAUGGUUGCGUUUUCGGGAUCUGGUGAUUCCAAACAGGCGACUAACGCCUAUAAAGACAAAAGUAAACCAGCCGAAAUAAGAAAAAGCAACAUCUCGGCCGCUAAAGCUGUCGCUGAUGCUAUCCGUACAAGUUUGGGUCCAAAAGGAAUGGAUAAAAUGAUUCAAUCGGCAAAUGGUGAAGUAGCUAUAACAAAUGACGGUGCUACAAUUCUGAAACAAAUGAAUGUUAUACACCCAGCAGCAAAAAUGUUAGUUGAAUUGUCUAAUGCCCAAGAUGUUGAAGCAGGAGAUGGUACAACUAGUGUGGUUGUUAUAGCUGGAGCUUUAUUGGAAGCUUCUGAAAAACUUUUACAAAAAGGUAUUCAUCCUACUGGAAUUUCAGAUGGAUUUCAAAAAGCUGCAACUAAGUCUAUUGAGAUAAUUAAAAAUAUGGCUACUCCAAUACUUUUAACUGAUAGAGAAAGUUUAGUUAAAAGUGCUUCAACUGCUUUAAAUUCCAAGGUGGUUUCUCAACAAUCGUCAUUAUUAGCUCCUUUAGCUGUUGAUGCAGUUCUAAAAGUUGUAGAUCCUGCAAAAGAUACAAACGUGGAUCUCAAAGAUAUAAAAGUUAUCAAAAAAUUAGGAGGAACUGUUGAAGAUACCAAAUUAAUUGAUGGUUUAGUGUUUACACAAAAAUCUUCAAAUGUAAAUGGUCCAAGAAAAAUUGAGAAGGCCAAAAUAGGACUUAUCCAAUUUUGUAUAUCGCCUCCUAAAACUGAUAUGGAUUAUAAUGUAGUGGUAUCUGAUUAUACUGCUAUGGACCGUGUAUUGCGUGAAGAACGCGCUUAUAUUUUGAACAUUGUUAAACAAAUCAAAAAAGCUGGUUGUAAUGUUUUAUUGAUUCAAAAGUCAAUAUUGCGUGAUGCAUUAUCUGAAUUGGCUAUACAUUUCUUAGACAAAAUAAAAUGUAUGGUUAUUAAUAAUAUAGAGCGAGAAGAUAUUGAUUAUGUUUGCAAGACAUUGAAUUGUAGACCAAUUGCAAGUCUUGAUCACUUUGUUGCCGAAAACCUAGUAUCAGCAGACUUGGUGGAAGAUGUCAUGACUGGUAAUAGCCAUUUUGUACAAAUCACUGGCAUCAACAACCCGGGUAGGACAGUUAGUAUUAUAGUACGAGGUUCUAAUAAAUUAGUCUUGGAAGAAGCUGAACGUUCAAUUCAUGAUGCAUUGUGUGUUAUCAGAUGUUUAGUGAAACAUAGAGCAUUGUUAGCUGGCGGUGGAGCACCUGAAAUCGAAAUCAGCUUAAAAUUAGCUGAACUUGCAAGAUUGGUUACUGGAGUCGAUGCAUACUGUUACAGAGCUUUUGCACAAGCUUUAGAAGUCAUACCUUUAACAUUAGCUGAAAAUGCUGGUCUUAAUCCCAUCACUACAGUUACUGAGUUACGUAAUAGACACUCCCAAGGUGAAGUUACUGCCGGUAUUAAUGUGCGAAAGGGAGCAAUAACUAAUAUUCUGGAAGAAAAUGUUGUACAACCACUAUUGGUAUCAAUUAGUGCUAUAACUUUGGCUUCCGAAACCGUACGCAGCAUUUUGAAAAUCGACGAUAUUGUCAACACUAGAGGAUAUUAGAAAUGUUAACAUAUAAAAAUGUCUCUGAAUAAUUUCAUGUUUUCAGAUCCAAAAGAAAGACUGCACAUAUAAUAUAACUAACAUCCUAAUACUCUAAUUGGAUCAAAAGUAAAACUUUAAGCAUAAACUUAAUAAUAAAAUAAAUUUGCUUUUACUGCAAAUAAUUUUUUUGUUGGAAAUUUUUUUUUACUUGAUAAUA